AUGCGAUUGCCUCUAGUGUUUCUUCUUCUUGCUGUGGGAAUUGGUUGCUCUGCAAACCCACUAGCAGUGCGGGAGACGACUGCCCCCUUCAAGAUAUAUGCAUAUGGCAAGGGUAUUAGUGGAUUGCCUGUGUUUUACAAAGAUGUCGCAUACUCAACAGAGUCGUCGAACACUUGGAUAGCAUCACCCGACUCCACAGAGCGCUCUGCCCCAUUUUCAGCCAAUGUAUUAUGUCUAAACCAGGACACUGCUUCGGCAAACCCGGUUAGCUUCAGCGGGACAUCCGAAGUGGGUCGCUCCAACAAGCUUACCAACGUGUGGUCGCUAUACGGCAGCUAUGUGCUGGUCACGCUAGACAAGGCAAACUUCUAUGCCAAACCGACAGGCACAGAUGGCUUGUAUUCGCUGCUUUGGAGUACCUCAGCUGAAGAGAUGACAGAUAGCAUACCGCUGACUCUGCGGACUAUAGCGCCAGCAACAGCGUCUGUGCUUGCUUAA